AUGAGCGAUCAGGCGCCCUCGCUCAAACGGGCGCACACGGAAGAGGGCUCCAUUUCUCCUCCGGCGGUGAAACGGCGGCAACAGUCGACGACCACAAGCAAGGCCGUGGCGGACUUCUUCAAGCCAUCUUCCCAGAAGCCGAAGCCUGCGGAAAAGAUUACGUGGGCCGUCGUCAAGGACAGCCUCCUCGUCGGAAAGCACCAAGCCGCCGACGCAAUCCCAGCCACUGGGGCAGACCAGCCUCGCAGGAUUGCUAUUUUUGACUUUGACUCGACCCUCAUUAAGACGGCAUCCGGCAACAAGUUUGCCCGCAAUGCCACGGAUUGGCAGUGGUGGCAUGCAAGUGUGCCCACCGUGCUGCGGAGGCUGCACGACGAAGGCUACCUUAUCGCCAUAGUGAGCAACCAGAGCGGCAUUUCCCUGAAAAGCAACAGUUCCAAGGCUCCCAAGGCGGAUCUCAAGAGGCUGUCGGACUUCAAGGCCAAAGCAACGGCGAUCAUAGCCCAGCUGGACCUGCCCAUAAGCAUCUAUGCAGCCACCGCCAAGGAUGAAUUCCGCAAGCCCCGCCCCGGCAUGUGGCGCCAGCUGCUGCAUGACUAUGGCCUGGAAGAUGCAUCUGGAGCCGUCGAUCUGGAGAAAUCUCUCUUCGUUGGAGAUGCGGCCGGUCGAUCUGGCGGCACGACCAAGGACUUUUCAUGUUCCGACAGGGACUUUGCAGCAAACAUAGGCAUUCCGUUCCACACACCGGAUGAGUAUUUCCUGGGCGAGGAGCCGAGGCCCUUUGUUCGAGACUUUGACCCGGCCAAAUUUCUGGGUCAGGUGGCUGGAGCCGCAACUGAUGCUGUGCCGCUCCUAUUCACCAAGAAGAACCCCCUCGACAUCGUGAUCCUCUGCGGUAGUCCGGGCGCAGGUAAAUCCACCUUUUACUGGAAGCAUCUGAAACCCCUUGGCUACGAGCGAAUCAACCAGGACAUCCUGAAAACGCGUGACAAGUGUCUGAAGGCCGCAGCCGAGCAACUUGGAAAGGGGGUGUCCGUGGCCAUAGACAACACGAAUGCAGACCCCGAGACACGUGCCCACUGGGUACUACUGGCAGAGAAGCACGACGUGCCAAUCCGAUGCGUCCUUUUCACAGCAACAGCGAAGCUGUGUGAGCACAAUGAUGCCGUCAGAGCGUUGAGUGGAGAAACGUUGAAUCCCGAAUCCCGUACUAUACUGCCAAAGUUAGCCUUCACCUCGUUCGCCUCCCGGUACCGCAUCCCACAGCUCAAGGAAGGGUUCCAAGACAUUACAAAAGUCGACUUCACGUUCGAAGGCAGCGAAGAGGACCGCAAAGUCUGGAGCCAAUACUGGAUAUGA